CACACUGGAGGGAAUGGAACUGACCCCCCCUGUCACUUUCAGACUGAGGGCUGGCUCUGGCCCAGUCUACAUCAGCGGCCAGGACAUCACCAUGGUGGCAGAUGUGCCCUGGGAGGAGGAGGAGGAAGAGGAGGAGGAAGAAGAAGAGGAGGAGGUGCUGGAGGAAGAAGAGGAAGAGGAGACCUCUCAGGAGGAGUCUCCUCCCAAGACAGCCAAGCGUCCAGCUUCCAACAAGCAAGCAAGUAUUGCCAAGAAGAAGAAGCUGGAGAAAGAGGAAGAGAGGGCCACAGUGGAGGAGGUCAGCACCCCUGUGCAGAUGUGUGCAGCUUCUGAGCCUCUGCUGUCAAACUCAGUACGUGAGGGACCAGGGGGCCCUGAGCGACCAGCUGAGCCGGCGGCAGAUCCGCGAGUACCAGCUCUACAGCCGGACCAGCGGAAAGCACGUCCAGGUCACCGGGCGGCGCAUCUCGGCCACGGCCGACGACGGCAACAAGUUCGCCAAGCUCAUUGUGGAAACGGACACCUUCGGCAGCCGAGUGCGCAUCAAGGGGGCUGAGAGCGACAAAUACAUCUGUAUGAGCAAGAGGGGGAAACUCGUCGGGAAGCCCAGCGGGAAAAGCAAGGACUGUGUGUUCACGGAGAUCGUGCUGGAGAACAACUACACGGCCUUCCGCAACGCCCGGCGCGAAGGCUGGUUCAUGGCCUUCACGCGGCAGGGCCGGCCCCGGCAGGCCUCCCGCAGCCGGCAGAACCAGCGCGAGGCCCAUUUCAUCAAGCGCCUCUACCAGGGCCAGCUGCCCUUCCCCAACCACGCCGACAGGCAGAAGGCCUUCGAGUUCGUGGGUUCCGCCCCCACCCGCCGGACCAAGCGCACCCGCCGGCCCCAGCCCCUCACGUAGUGGGAGAGGGGUGCUCUCACCCCGCCGGCCCUCCCCUCCGGCUCCCUUG